AUGGGAUUUGUAGUUUCCCCGGCGCUCUCCACCGUGCUCAUCAGACGCUCGAGGACUACAAGUCUCGGCUACCCCGGCGCGGAGAGCCCGGUCACGUGUCAGGGGGCCGACCGGGCGUGCGUGCCGCCGUUGAUCCGGUGCUGCAGUGAGGUGGUUGUCGCCCGUGUUGUGUGUGUGUGAGUGUGUGUGAGUGAGUGAGUGAGGGAGCGAGUGAGUGAGUGAGUGUGUGCGUGGGGGCACUCGGCUUGUUGUUGUCGGUGACUUCCCCCUUCCCUCCACCCCUCCCCUCCCCGGCCGCCGCUGCAGUGGCCGCUCCCUGGGCCGUAGGAAAUGAGCGAUAACGAUGACAUCGAGGUGGAGAGCGACGAAGAGCAACCGAGGUUUCAAUCUGCGGCUGACAAACGGGCUCACCAUAAUGCACUGGAACGAAAACGUAGGGACCACAUCAAAGACAGCUUUCACAGUUUGCGGGACUCAGUCCCAUCACUCCAAGGAGAGAAGGCAUCCCGGGCCCAAAUCUUAGACAAGGCAACAGAGUAUAUCCAGUAUAUGCGAAGGAAAAACCACACGCACCAGCAAGACAUUGAUGACCUCAAGCGGCAGAAUGCUCUUCUGGAGCAGCAAGUCCGUGCACUGGAGAAGGCAAGAUCAAGUGCCCAACUGCAGACCAACUACCCCUCCUCAGACAACAGCCUCUACACCAACGCCAAGGGCGGCACCAUCUCUGCCUUCGAUGGAGGUUCAGACUCCAGCUCAGAGUCCGAGCCUGAAGAGCCCCAGAGCAGGAAGAAACUCCGGAUGGAGGCCAGCUAAGCCAUGCGGGGCAGGCCAGCAAUAAAAACUGUCAACUCCACCGCCUCAUCCUCCUCAGUUCAUCAUUAGAACUCGCAAACCAUUGACAGACUCUUUAGUUUCCUCUCUCUUUAUUAAUUGUUAUUUUUGCAUAGAAGCUCUUGGACAACAGCUCUCAUCCCUUCCCUGUGUCCACUAUUUUUAAAUGUGUUCCCUUCAGGGGUUCCUGUCCCCACCAGAAAUUUUAAACCAAAACACCCUAACUUGGCAGCUCUUUCUGUGGAGGACAGACAGCCGGCCAGACCUCUGAGUACAUGGUGUCCUGCCCACCCCACCCCCCAACUCCUCCUGCCUUCAGAGUGUGCCUGGAGGGCAUCUGCCCGCUAGGCCCCUCCCAGUCCUCUCACCUCUGUUUGGUGGAAUUUGUGACUCUGAACUGCUCUACUUUGGCAAGAUGACCAGAUUGGAGUAAUCAGAAUUGCCCCUCCUCUGUAAGGAUUGGUUUUUGGAAACACCAUCUAUCGCUCCUGUUGAAAGACCAACAGAUUCUUGAAGAAGUUUGUGGUGAAAAGGAAAGCAGGGACAGAUUUGCAGAAUCCUUGGCAUGUUUCACGCUUCAGUUGUUUAAGCCUGCAGAGCCAGCCUUACAGAAGGUCACGUGACACUGGUAUGUAUAGGAGAUGGCAGCAGUGAAACAGCCACCAGGAGUGGUAGGGGUGGUUAUGUGUGGGCGGGACAGGGAGGGAGGGAGUCAUAGGAGGGGUAGAGGUUUUGUAUUAAGGGCCAGUGAUGAUGUUUUGAUAUUUAUUUCCUGCUACUGAAAUUUGAAUCUGAAUGAAAUGCCCCUAUUUCUGAUGAUGUCGAUACUGUAAAGCGACAGAUUCAUAAAGUAAUGAUCAAAUCUUCAUUUCUUUCUGCGUGUAUUUCUAAGAAAUAGAGCCAACUAUUUUGUAUGUAAAUACCAAGAGCGACUUACCUGGUACUAAACCCACAGCCCACUACAGCCUCCCUCCCUCCUUGCCUCCAGUCCUGGAACUUGUCGCCACUGUGGAUCCAGCCCUGGCUCUGGCUGUGGUCAACAGAGCCCAGUGAAGGGUUUCAUGUCUUCAGGCUUCAUUUCUUUGUCUUUUCCUACUCUGUUGCCAGCAUUUGCUGAUUUCUAGUGUAUACUCUGUAGUCUCAGUCGGUAUUUGAUUCCAUUCCAUGGAAAUAAAAAGUAUGUUGUACAUACUGCCCAAGAAUUGUCUUGCAAGUUAAGGCUUCCCCCUUUACUAUAAGAAUAUAAAUAAAAACUUAUUUUAUCCUU